AUGGAUUACAGCUUUGUGCAGAAAUUGAAACUAGAGGCGACACAACUUAUUGAACAGGAAAGGCAGCUGGACGAAGAUCACAGACGCAAACUAAAGGCAAAAAGAAGUUCAAAGCAUGCAUCCGCCAAACCAAAACAAAUCCCAACAUCAACUAGUCCUCCUACCGAACCACCACUAUCUGAUCUCAUCCGUUCCACCGAUGGAUCUGUCGUGUCCGAGUUACUGCUCCUAAGAAGUGAAUAUCUACGUAGUGGCGGAAAUGAUCCGCGGAUCCUCACAAAGAUGAACGCUUUGGAAGUCGACGCGAUUCAAAUCGAGCAACAAUUACGGACUGGGUUUCAGACACAGCCUGUACUGGGUCCGAAACGUGUUGUCUAUCCACAUACUAUGAAUCGACAUUAUAUAGAUACUGGGUAUAACAAUGGGGUGAAUAGACAGGAUGUGUUUGAUCGACCAAAUAACGUCAACAAUGGUGGUGGUAAUACCAAUACUAACAAUGCCAAUAUCCAGCAACCAGAUCCUAUAGAGGGAGAAGAUGAAGAAAUGAGAGCAUUGCGUAUUGAACAUAAGAAAUAUUUGCUGAAAAUGCAGUUUGAAAAGGAGAGGAUGUUGCAGGAGGCCGAGUUUGAGAAACUGAAAUUGGACACGGAAGGACGCACAAGAGUUCGAUCUAUGUAUCAAAUAGAACAGGAAUCAUCUACACCAACUUAUAACCAGGCUUCUAUUGAUCAAUUAAACCUCAUACAGCAACAACAGCAACAACAAUUACAGCAACAGCAGCAACAGCAGGCCUUACAAUUACAACAGCAGCAGCAACAGCAGAAACAACGACCACCGGAUGUGAUACGUCAGCCUGCUGCUGCCUCUAAACCGAACGACAGAAUAGCAACCAUCGAAGGAGGAACCGAACUGAAUGCAGACCCAACACCAGCAAAUCCACCUACAGCACCCGCAACAACAGUCACCCCAACUCCAAAUCCCGCAUCCGAAGAAUUCGUAACCUCCAUCGGCGUCCAAUUCGAAGAAAUCCGCAAAUUCCCUGGCACCCAAGUCCGUGUUCGCCUCUGCAUUCUCGAUGACUCGGACCCAACACAUCUCGUCGACGCAUCAUCAACUUUUGUCACUGAAUUGGCUGAUUUGGGCGUUGAAGACAAGUCGUUUGGAUGGAGUGGACUGGUCAUGAAUCAUGUGUUUAAGGAUUUGGUUGCGUCGCCUAAUAAGAGAGGGUUGAUUGAGGUUUUUGAAGGGGCGCUUGUUGCUGCCAGGACGGAUGUGCAGUUGUUUAGUGGGAGUCGGAGGAAGGGGUUGAGUAUUAAUGAGGGGUUUCAUCGACUAAAGUUGUAUAGAGCAGCAGAGCUAUCUCAUCAUGCAAAGGAUUUCGCAGGUGCAAACAUUGCCCUCCGAAUAUACAAACCAGAACAAGGACCACCACCAACAAAAACAUUCGAAGCUAAAACCAUGAUCCCUGCAAUGCCGAGAGGAGCAUGGCUACCAGUAGAAAACAAACUAGAUUCAACAAAUACGGCCAAUUUCUUUUCAUCUGGUGAUGGAUUCGACCUGUAUAUAGACGGAGCUCGAUACCUCCCUGCAAAUGCAACUGUCAGCAGAGUAACAGCCAGGAUAUUUAAUUCGACAUUCGAAGUAUUGAACUAUGGAUCCACCGUACCUGGUACCGGCAAAAGAGAUAGAGACAACACAGGCGACGGAAUCAUAUCAUCAAAAGUAGACUUGGACUCCCUCGUGCAUUCACCAUCAUACAACACUCGUUGUGAAUACCGGUUCCCGACAUCACAGUUACCAGACAAGACCGGUGUUGUGCUUUUCAAACUGUAUACGCUGUGUAAAGUUACCAAGCAGUUGAGGAUGGUCGGGACGAGUGUGCUGAAUUUGUUUGUGGGGAAUCCGGAUCAUUUGAUUUUGAAUGAGGGGGCGCAUCAGAUUAGUGUUUCAAGGGGGACGCCGGAUGUGCAUGCGUUCUUGUCUGGGACCUCACUGGAUGGAUUUCCGAGAUCUCCAUGUACAACAUUGCUGGUCAGGCUAGUGCAUAUCAAACCUGGUGAUUUAGCAACACCAGCACCGGCCCCGAAAUACUCUGACUCGAUAUACGACUCGUCACCAUCCAAACCAACACCCUACGAGCUGAAACUUUACCCAUUCGUGGCAACUGAACGGCCAUCUGUGACUGUUCGUGACGCGUUACUGGAAAUGAAGGAUUUGAUACGUGUGCAGUCUGAUGAUGCGUUGCUGCAUUUCGUGUCUAAAUUCUUGACCAAGCCUGAUAAGGUGGGCAAAGUGCCUGCGUUGGACGUGUCGUAUGUGUGCAAGUAUGAUGCUUCGUUUGGGUUUAAGAUAUCUUGUGACGCAGCACAAAAUCUACGAUGUAGUAAAGGAUUUGCGGUUGCUAUUAUAAGUUUGAAUCCACCUGGAUUCUUCUACUUGGAUGGGGGACUUGCUAGUGUGGAAAAGUUUGAUGAUAUUACGUAUACGAAAAAGACGGAUUUGGAUUCUUCUUUGCGGUCACCAAUGUGGAAGGAUGGAUUUCAAGUAGGACAUUCGUAUCGACGAAGACCAUACGACCCAAAGCUAGUCGCCAUAAUCGACAUCCGCUGCAUGGUAUCAGACGGCUCCGAUUACCGCCUCGAAGCCCAAGGCUGGACAAUUGUGCAAAUCUUCAAACCAACCACAAACACGACAACUUCAUCCAACGAGAAAUACGUCCGUCUCGCCAACGAACAGCUCCCCCUCUACGAAGGCGAACCACCUGAAUCACUCAUCCUAGACCUCCAACGACGUCCCAACGAUAAAACCGUUGAAGAUGUGCUCGCCGAGCAUGUUGCGACACGCAGUAUCACAUAUACGAAGGGCAGCAGUGUUUUCGUGCGGGUAUGUGAUGGACGACGUGAUGAAGAGAUGGAUUUGUAUGGCCGGGACGUGGUGGAUACGACCAGUUUGCCGCAGCGUAAGAUCAAGAGUUUUGUGGAGGAGGUGUAUACCAGGAAGGUUGAGAGUUUGGUGCCGAAGGGUGUUGAUGUUGAUGAGUGGAGGUUGAGGGUUAUGAGUCAGUUUGCGGAGAUUACAGGACUUCCCAUGAUGUUGUAA